GAUGGAGCUGCCGGUGCUGGACAAGUUCUGCUUCAUCUUCCACCUGAGGACAGGAUGCAUCACCAUGGGCAUCAUGAACUCCGUCAUAACCUUCGUACUAGCCGUAAUCCUGAUCACCUUCGCGGUGGACAUCAAGGCAGCAUCAGAGUCCAAGUCUGAGGAUGCUGUGUCUUCCGUGGUGUACACCAUAGUGGUGCUGAUGGUGGUGCUGCUGCUGAUCAAGUUCGUGCUGGAUAUGGUCUUCGUGUAUGCUGUUUAUAAGGAGAAGAGCAGUUUAAUGAAGAAGUACUGCAUCUUCUGGGUGGUGUUCCUGGUGCUGUUCAUCAUCGGCUUCCUCAAGAGCCUGUUCCACAUGGGCGCGGGGCACGUCAUCGCGCAGAUCCUCUUCUUAGCCGAAAAUUUCUACUACAUCGUCGUGAUUCGAAGUUAUCUGAUUUCUAUUCACGAAGAUGGAAUGUUGUAAGUAUAUCCAUCUCGUUCACACUUACACUUCAAAGAACGAGGGAGCGAGAUGGCACGACCAUGGACCAGGAGCUUGCUGAAACUGCGAGUAAAAUAAUGUAACUAAUAGAAGCCUUUUCAUUUGUCAUGUGUAAGCUCUGUCUCUCUCGGACCAUAGUUAAUAGAAUGAGACAGAUGCUUAUAUUGCGUGACAAGUGACGGCUUUGAGUAUGCUAAAGACAAGUAUAUAAU